CUUCCAUUCAUAGAAUCGUGUGCGCAGCGCUUGAAGUAGGAAGUCACCUAAUAUUUUUUUCUGAAACUCCGUCUGCCAGUCCCAGACCAUGAACUAUGUGGGGCAGCUGGCGGAGACUGUGUUUGUGACGGUCAAAGAACUAUACCGGGGCCUGAACCCAGCCACGCUCACGGGGGCCAUCGACGUUAUCGUGGUGCGUCAGCCCGACGGCAGCCUCCAGUGCUCUCCGUUCCAUGUGCGCUUUGGCAAGCUCGGUGUGCUGCGCUCCAAGGAGAAAGUGGUGGACAUAGAGAUCAAUGGGGAGCAAGUUCACCUGCAAAUGAAACUGGGGGACAAUGGAGAAGCUUUUUUUGUGGAGGAAAAUGAGGAUUGUGAGUCCAGAGUGCCAGCCCACCUCUGCACGUCGCCCAUCCACAUAGAGCUGCUGGAGGUGGCUGAGGAAACCUUAGAGGGGCUCCCCAGUUCCGGAAGCACACGAAGGAAAAAGAGGCGGCGAGUACGCAUACGCUCCGACUCCCACCUAAGAGAAGAUGGUAGCUCCUCGUCCGACGAGAGGGAAAGAGAGAGAGAGAGGGAGCAGUCAGGAGAACAGGAGAGCCCCUCCAAAGAAGAGCCCAGCACGCCCAUGCUCGCCAGUAAGUCUGUGUACUUCUCGCUGUCCGAGGAGCCGAUGGAAGAGUUGGUGGCCGUGCAGACCAGGGACGUCCACCCUCACUCUGAUGGAGAGUGGUCCCCCUCAGAGAGUGUGUUCUAUAGUCGUCCUUCCUCCCCCAAGAGUGACUCUGAGCUACUGGUGAAGCCUCCGGAGUCUUCAGGGCCUCAGAUGCAGUGGAACUGGGGUGGCUUUCCUGAGAUGUGUCCAACGGAGAGAGGGAGGGUGGAGGUGCAGCAUGUCUCCGCUGGCAUCCACUGCUCGGACAGCUCCCACUUCCGCACCAUCCAGCGGCAGGACUCCUUCGACAUGGGCCUGGAGCCCGGGGUCAGCUUUGUCCAGCUUUGUCCGAGCAGUAGCGUGACGGUGGUGGUCAGGCCCACGCCCAGGACCGGACCAGCGGUCCAACCCACAGAAAGUUCCCGCAUAGACCUGGAGAGAGCCUCCAAUAUGACCCACUCCACCCCGAAUCACCACACCUCAGAGCUCUUCUCAGAACCGCUAACAUUGGCAUCGUUAGCGAUGGCUAGCAUAGAAUCGCCUCAAGCCCCAGGGCCUAGAAAAACAAAAACGCAGCCACAAGUAGAGACCCAGCAGGCAGGGGAUGAAGUAGCCGAGGAGUCCCCAUCCAACCCGGAGCUGGAAGACUCCAGAAACUCCCUGGCUAACACAAUUAGCAUGGCUAAUGUAGACAACACUGAUAGACAAGCUAGCGAAAAAAGCACAGCAAAUGUUGAAUGUGUAGCUAACAACAUUUUUAGCCAAGUUGAAAACUGUAUAGACACACACAUCCCAUCCAUAAAAGGUAGCAAAGCUGGCACAAUCAGCGCAGACAGGCUAGCUAGCGACAGCACAGCAGCUUUAGCUAACAAGGCUAGUUUGGCUAACACAACUAGCUAUGCCAGUGCAGCCAACUUAGGUCUCAUUACCACAGAGUAUCUGGGUAGCAGAGCACAACCAGAACAGCACAGUGCCUUUCCAGAACACAAUGGACAAGGGACAGAAGUUGUCUUGAGUGAGGGUGACAGCGGGAUUGAGCCCUGCACCGAGGGAGGGGAGGAGACAGAGAACGGCUCUGCAAUGACGGACAAAGCCACAGACGGCUCCCUGACCAAUCAGGCUGCAGAGAGUGUCGGAGUGACAGACUUGUUAGCCACUGAGGCUCUGGGGGAGGAGCAGUCUAGCUCAGCAGAGCACCAGGACAAGAAGAAAGGUAAACGCAGUCAGCACCUUGGACCCUCCGACAUCUACCUGGAUGACUUGUCUAACCUGGACCCAGAGGUGGCAGCUCUCUACUUCCCACCUAAAAGUGAGGCAGAAGGAUGCUCGCGGCUCGGUGCGGAGCAAGGGUCCGGUUCUGGUAACCAGUCUCCCCAGUCGGUGGGCAGUGGGGCCAUGGACAGCGGCACAGAGUACCUGUCCGACUCUACCACCAACCACAUGGACGUUAGCAUGUCCCUUUGCGGUCGCACCGGCCACACCAGUCAUAUCAACAAAGAUCAGUUUAUGGAGCACGUUGUGAACUACCAGGAUUUGGUGAGCAACCCUGGAAUCAUCGAAGAUCCAAACCUGGUUAUCUGCAUCAACUCAAAGUAUUAUAACUGGGCAGUGGCUGCCCCUAUGGUUCUGUCAAUGCAAGUUUUUCAAAAGAAUAUACCAAAGAGUGCCAUUGACCAGCUGGUGAAGGACAAGAUGCCAAAAAAGUCUGGCCGCUGGUGGUUCUCCUGGAGGAGGAAGGACAUGGACACUAACUCAAACCAGACUGGAGAGAACUCUAAGCAGGACCAAGAGGAGGCACAGACCAAGAAUGAUGUCUCAACCUCUGUGUCUGUCACUGGUCCCUCAACAACCAUACUGGCGACUCUGGAUGACCUGACUAGUGACGAGGAGGCGGGCCUAGGCAGAGUGGGCAACCUAUCAUCAGAGACCCUAGAGACCAUAAACACUGCCCAGUGUUUUAGCCAAAUGUACCGCAAGUCCCUACGCCUCACCUCCGAACAGAUAGAGCGGUUGAAACUGCGUGAGGGGGCCAACAAGGUUAUGUUCAGCGUAACCACUCAGUACCAGGGCACCUGUCGCUGCGAAGCCGCCAUCUACCUGUGGAAUUGGGACGACCACGUCGUCAUCUCAGACAUCGAUGGCACCAUCACAAAGUCUGAUGCCCUGGGUCAUAUCUUACCUCAGCUGGGGAAAGACUGGACACACCACGGCAUUGCCCGUCUCUACCACAAAAUCCACCAAAACGGAUACAAGUUCCUCUACUGUUCGGCGCGGGCCAUCGGCAUGGCUGACAUCACCAAGGGAUACCUGCAGUGGGUGAACGACAAAGGCACCGUCCUCCCCAAGGGCCCCGUGCUGCUGGCCCCCAGCAGUUUCUUCUCUGCCCUGCACAGAGAGGUGGUAGAGAAGAAGCCGGAGGUGUUCAAGAUCGCCUGCCUCACCGACAUCCGAGACCUGUUCAACCCCCAGAGGAAGCCUUUCUAUGCAGCCUUUGGCAACAGAACCAAUGAUGCCAAUGCUUAUAAGGAAGUGGGUGUCCCUGACACCAGGAUCUUCACUGUGAACCCCAAGGGUGAGCUCAUUCAGGAGAAGAACAAAGGGAGCAAGUCCUCGUACACUCACCUGAGCGAGCUGGUGGAGCACUUCUUCCCUAUGAUCUCUGAGGAUGGGAGGUCGUCCUCCUUCGACUGCCCCGAGUUCAGUCACUUCUCCUACUGGAGAGAGCCCCUACCACCACUGGACCUGUCCACUCUGGAUUAGACACACUCGCCACUGGACCUGUCUACUCUGGAUUAGACACACUCGCCACUGGACCUGUCCACUCUGGAUUAGACACACUCGCCACUGGACCUGUCCACUCUGGAUUAGACACACUCGCCACUGGACCUGUCCACUCUGGAUGAGACACACACACACACACACACACACACACACUCGCCACUGGACCUGUCCACUCUAGAUGAGACACACACACACACACACACACUCGCCACUGGACCUGUCCACUCUGGAUUAGACACACUCGCCACUGGACCUGUCUACUCUGGAUGAGACACACACACACACACACUCGCCACUGGACCUGUCCACUCUGGAUGAGACACACUCGCCACUGGACCUGUCCACUCUGGAUUAGACACACUCGCCACUGGACCUGUCCACUCUGGAUGAGACACACACACACACACACACUCGCCACUGGACCUGUCCACUCUGGAUUAGACACACUCGCCACUGGACCUGUCUACUCUGGAUGAGACACACACACACACUCGCCACUGGACCUGUCCACUCUGGAUGAGACACACUCGCCACUGGACCUGUCCACUCUGGAUGAGACACACUCGCCACUGGACCUGUCCACUCUGGAUGAGACACACUCGCCACUGGACCUGUCCACUCUGGAUUAGACACACUCGCCACUGGACCUGUCCACUCUGGAUUAGACACACUCGCCACUGGACCUGUCCACUCUGGAUUAGACACACUCGCCACUGGACCUGUCCACUCUGGAUGAGACAUACACACACACACACUCGCCACUGGACCUGUCUACUCUGGAUGAGACACACACACACACACACACUCGCCACUGGACCUGUCUACUCUGGAUGAGACACACACACACUCGCCACUGGACCUGUCUACUCUGGAUGAGACACACACACACACACACACUCGCCACUGGACCUGUCUACUCUGGAUGAGACACACACACACACACACACUCGCCACUGGACCUGUCUACUCUGGAUGAGACACACACACACACUCGCCACUGGACCUGUCUACUCUGGAUGAGACACACACACACACACACACUCGCCACUGGACCUGUCCACUCUGGAUUAGACACACACACACACACUCGCCACUGGACCUGUCCACUCUGGAUUAGACACACUCGCCACUGGACCUGUCUACUCUGGAUGAGACACACACACACACACUCGCCACUGGACCUGUCCACUCUGGAUGAGACACACUCGCCACUGGACCUGUCCACUCUGGAUGAGACACACUCGCCACUGGACCUGUCCACUCUGGAUGAGACACACUCUCCACUGGACCUGUCCACUCUGGAUGAGACACACUCGCCACUGGACCUGUCCACUCUGGAUGAGACAUACACACACACACACUCGCCACUGGACCUGUCCACUCUGGAUGAGACACACACACACACACUCGCCACUGGACCUGUCCACUCUGGAUUAGACACACUCGCCACUGGACCUGUCCACUCUGGAUGAGACACACACACACACACACACACUCGCCACUGGACCUGUCCACUCUGGAUUAGACACACUCGCCACUGGACCUGUCCACUCUGGAUGAGACACACACACACACUCGCCACUGGACCUGUCCACUCUGGAUUAGACACACUCGCCACUGGACCUGUCCACUCUGGAUGAGACACACACACACACUCGCCACUGGACCUGUCCACUCUGGAUGAGACACACACACACACUCGCCACUGGACCUGUCCACUCUGGAUUAGACACACUCGCCACUGGACCUGUCAACUCUGGAUGAGACACACACACACACACACUCGCCACUGGACCUGUCUACUCUGGAUGAGACACACACACACACACACACACACACACACACACACACACACACACACUCGCCACUGGACCUGUCCACUCUGGAUGAGACACACACACACACACACACUCGCCACUGGACCUGUCCACUCUGGAUGAGACACACACACACACUCGCCACUGGACCUGUCCACUCUGGAUGAGACACACACACACACACACACACUCGCCACUGGACCUGUCCACUCUGGAUGACACACACACACACACUCGCCACUGGACCUGUCUACUCUGGAUGAGACACACACACACACACACACACUCGCCACUGGACCUGUCUACUCUGGAUGAGACACACACACACACACACACUCGCCACUGGACCUGUCUACUCUGGAUGAGACACACACACACACACACACUCGCCACUGGACCUGUCCACUCUGGAUUAGACACACUCGCCACUGGACCUGUCCACUCUGGAUGAGACACACAUACACUCGCCACUGGACCUGUCCACUCUGGAUGAGACACACAUACACUCGCCACUGGACCUGUCCACUCUGGAUGAGACACACAUACACUCGCCACUGGACCUGUCCACUCUGGAUGAGACACACAUACACUCGCCACUGGACCUGUCCACUCUGGAUGAGACACACAUACACUCGCCACUGGACCUGUCCACUCUGGAUGAGACACACAUACACUCGCCACUGGACCUGUCCACUCUGGAUGAGACACACAUACACACACACACACUCGCCACUGGACCUGUUUACUCUGGAUGAGACACACACACACACACACACUCGCCACUGGACCUGUCUACUCUGGAUGAGACACACACACACACACACACACUCGCCACUGGACCUGUCCACUCUGGAUUAGACACACUCGCCACUGGACCUGUCCACUCUGGAUGAGACACACAUACACUCGCCACUGGACCUGUCCACUCUGGAUGAGACACACAUACACUCGCCACUGGACCUGUCCACUCUGGAUGAGACACACAUACACUCGCCACUGGACCUGUCCACUCUGGAUGAGACACACAUACACUCGCCACUGGACCUGUCUACUCUGGAUGAGACACACACACACACACUCGCCACUGGACCUGUCUACUCUGGAUGAGACACACACACACACUCGCCACUGGACCUGUCCACUCUGGAUGAGACACACACACACUCGCCACUGGACCUGUCCACUCUGGAUGAGACACACACACACUCGCCACUGGACCUGUCCACUCUGGAUUAGACACACACACACACUCGCCACUGGACCUGUCCACUCUGGAUGAGACACACACACACUCGCCACUGGACCUGUCCACUCUGGAUGAGACACACAUACACUCGCCACUGGACCUGUCCACUCUGGAUUAGACACACACACACUCGCCACUGGACCUGUCCACUCUGGAUUAGACACACUCGCCACUGGACCUGUCCACUCUGGAUGAGACACACACACACUCGCCACUGGACCUGUCCACUCUGGAUGAGACACACACACACUCGCCACUGGACCUGUCCACUCUGGAUGAGACACACACACACUCGCCACUGGACCUGUCCACUCUGGAUGAGACACACAUACACUCGCCACUGGACCUGUCCACUCUGGAUGAGACACACAUACACUCGCCACUGGACCUGUCCACUCUGGAUGAGACACACAUACACUCGCCACUGGACCUGUCCACUCUGGAUGAGACACACAUACACUCGCCACUGGACCUGUCCACUCUGGAUGAGACACACACACACACUCGCCACUGGACCUGUCCACUCUGGAUGAGACACACACACACACUCGCCACUGGACCUGUCCACUCUGGAUGAGACACACACACACACACACUCGCCACUGGACCUGUCCACUCUGGAUGAGACACACAUACACUCGCCACUGGACCUGUCCACUCUGGAUUAGACACACACACACACUCGCCACUGGACCUGUCCACUCUGGAUGAGACACACACACACUCGCCACUGGACCUGUCCACUCUGGAUUAGACACACACACACUCGCCACUGGACCUGUCCACUCUGGAUGAGACACACACACACUCGCCACUGGACCUGUCCACUCUGGAUGAGACACACACACACACUCGCCACUGGACCUGUCCACUCUGGAUGAGACACACACACACUCGCCACUGGACCUGUCCACUCUGGAUUAGACACACUCGCCACUGGACCUGUCCACUCUGGAUUAGACACACUCGCCACUGGACCUGUCCACUCUGGAUGAGACACACACACACUCGCCACUGGACCUGUCCACUCUGGAUGAGACACACACACACUCGCCACUGGACCUGUCCACUCUGGAUGAGACACACACACACUCGCCACUGGACCUGUCCACUCUGGGUUAGACACACAGACACACUGUCUGGGGCGACAGGUAGCCUAGCCCUAAGGUUGCUGGAUCAAAUCCCCGAGCUGACAAGGUAAAAAUCUGUCGUUCUGCUCCUGAGCAAGCCAGUUAACCCACUGUUCCCCAGGCGCCGAAGACGUGGAUGUUGAUUAAGGCAGCUCCCCGCACCUCUCUGGUUCAGAGGGGUUGGGUUAAAUGCAGAUGACACAUUUCAGUUGAAGCCUUUAAGUUGUACAACUGACUAGACAACUGUACAACUGACUGGUUUUCCUUUCUAUCUGUCCUCUCUCAUCACCCCUUUUCUCCCUUAUUCGAUCCCUUUCGGAGUUCAGAAAUAGUUUUAAUUAAUAAGCAUUGAUGGCCUGGAAUAUUGUAGAUGUGCAAGGUUCUCAUUUAAUAUUCUCUGUUUUGUGUCGAUUCAUCUGAUGCAAUUAAAAACUAAAGUGUCUGGCUUUCAGCAGAGAGAAAAAUGUACACAUAUGCACCGAUGACACUGCAUUUUACGCAACACUAUAUACUUCAUAUUACGCUAUACUUGAUUGCAAAAAGACAUACUGCACUGGCCAUACCAUAUUGCCAAUAACUAAAUGAUACUGGCGCAAUGUGCAUUUGUGCUGCUCAAGAAUUCCAGUUAUAUUUACAUUUUAGUCGUUUAGCAUGUGGUUUUCCAAACUUUUUCACCCAGGCCCACCUUUCCAGUAUUUGGGAACAUCCCAAAUACAUUCCAGGUUUGAGUAAAUUGACUGUUUGGGUAAUUGAAAUGGCCAUGGUCUGAAACGGUGCCUUUUUGCUUAUGAUUUAUAAGCUUUCAUAUUUAAAGGGAUACUUAGGGAAUUUUAUCUACUUCUCGAUGGUCAGAUGAACUCAUGGAUACAAUUUGUAUCUCUGCGUACAGUUUGAAGGAAGUUGCUAACUAGCACUAGCACACGUAGUCAGUUGACUGGAUGUCUUGGUAUCUGCUAGUACUUCGACUUCCAAGUCAUUGUGCUAAUGCAAGUUAGUAUUGGCUCACAAAACUACCUCUAACUUCCUUCAUACUGGACACAGAGACAGAAGCUGUGUUCGAAUACCCAUACUACAUACUUAAUGAGUAUAUACUAUUAGUUCAUUUUAGUAUACUGUAAACGAAUGGUAUUCUUUCGGUUGAGCGUAAUAGCGCUUCCCCUGUCUACCGGAAGUUUUUUGCUGUUGCAAUGCAACCUCUUGCUAGCUUGUUAGCAUAACAAAUUUCUAGCAAGACAUUUUAGGAUUUCUAGCAAGACAUUUUAGGAGUAAAUUCAAUCUGGAGUGCCCGAGUGCGCUCUGAGCUUUCGUAAAUUCAGAGCGUUGUGUUAAAGAUUGAUGAUAUUUACUAGAAGAGAGAGACCAAGUUGAGACGCUAGACCAGGUGGAUAAGGUAUGAUAUUUAAGGCAGUUUAAUAAGUUGCAAAGAUAUCUGACAACACGUGCACGGGCUCGUCCAUUUAGCUCAGAGGGAGCUAGCAGGAGGAGCCCCGACUCAUAUUGUGCAAUACAUUUUAUACAGUGAAAUGACGUAGGUAGAUUCUAGUAGUUCUGCUCUCAUGACUGGUCGCUGUGAGUGGAGGGCGGUCCCCUUCAGGCUAAUAUCAAUGUUCCAUUGGUUCUCAGUAGUGUUCUUUGUCCUUGGAACUCCCGCCUGAAACAGGGGUUUGUGUGUGUGUGUGUGUGUGUGUGUGUAUAUGCAUGCGCAUGCUCGUUGAGUGCCAUGCCGGUCUGGGUUGUCUCUUUUAUUGACAAGAUGUUGAAGCAGACACCAGCAACUGGCGCCUGAGGUCAGAGCGCCCCCCUGAGGUCAGAGCUCAUAAAUGGUUUGUGUCAGCCAUCUCUCUCUGUGUGUGUGUGGGAGUAAGGUUAGUAUCUGGCACAGGCAGAACUGGUUCAUCUGUGGGGUGCAGCAAAGUGUUACAACCACGUCUGCUUUAAUAAUGAAGGCAUUAUAACAAUAUUAUAGCUAACAGUUGUCAGAUUGUCCUUUCAUAAAUUCAGAGCGCACACUGGACCGUUCUGACCACGCAAUGGCAUCCAAGCUAACUUGCUAGCUACUUCCAGACACAAAUGAAAGAACACCUCACUCUGACCAUUUACUCGCCCUAGCAGAGCUGGUUAAGCUGUUUUUAUGUCUUCCAGAGCGUUGGUGAUUGUGCUGCUGGAAACAAUUUAAUUAUGCUUUUUUUUGCCGAUGUUUACUGACAAUAGCCAUAUUCAACUGGGGUUGAGCGUUAGUAAAUUAAUCAGUUAUUCUGCGCUCUGCCACAGGUACACUCAGACGAGAGAGAAAUUAGAUAGCCAGAGCGAAUUUAUGAACGCACAAAUGUCCACUGUGAACGCACAAUGACUAUACGACUUAGCUAAACUAAGAAUGACGGGAGUAAUCAAGUCACUAAACGUUGGGUAGAUAGUAAAUAUACUGGCAAGUUCGAUGUAUUAGUAGCCAACUAAUGUUAGGUAGCUAGCUAACAUACUGCUGUAAUGAUAUGCGCUUUGUAAGGAUGGUGUAGCUAACAAAUUGUCAGCCAACAUAACGUAAGGUAACUUAUUUGAAAAGUAUUUACUUUAUUACAUUUCUCAUUUUCUUAACGUUUGUCAUAAUUAGUUAAACCAAUGAAUUUGUAUCCGCUCUCGUUGGACUUCGGCUGCUUAUUUUCUUCAAAUCUGAAAACGUUGAAGUCACGCCCAUUUUCUGAAUAAUUACAUUAUAGGCCCUUAAGCACGGAAAGAGUGAUCACUGCUUUUAUACUUCGUAUUUUGGCAAAUGUAGUGCGACCACCGGGAACUUAUGGCAUAAUAACUAUGACCAACCCUUGUAACGGAUGUGAAAUGGCUAGCUAGUUAGCGGGUACGCGCUAGUAGCAUUUCAAUCAGUUACGUCACUUGCUCUGAGACUUUAAGUAGGGUUGCCCCUUGCUUUGCAAGGGCCGUGGCCUUUGUGGAGCGAUGGGUAACGAUGCUUCGUGGGCGACCGUCGUUGAUGUGUGCAGAGGGUCCCUGGUUUAAAGUUAUACUGUUACACAAGCAUACUAUAAUAGUCUAUUUACGUCACAAAUAGUGCUGUUAGUAUGAGUAUUCGAACACAGCUAUAGACAUGGUAUCUACAAGUUCAUCGGAUUCUUAAGAAGUAGAUAAAGGGCCUCAUUGCCAAAAUGCCGAAGUAUCCCUUUAAUUAAUUAUAUUUAGAAAUAUAUUAUUUUUUUGUCAUCCUAAGUGAUACCAAUUACUCUGUUUAGAGAGACAUUGCAUUGGACCCGAAGAGCCUUGUUAUUUUCAAAUGAUCUACACUGAAGAAAAUAUAAACAUAAAAUGUAAAGUGUUGGUCCCAUGUUUCAUGAGCUGAAAUAAAAGAUCCCAGAAAUGUU